AUGGCUGAAUCCCUCUUCCCUGACCUUUUACACGCCCAACUCGAUCACGGCAUAAGGAAAAGCCCCUUUCAGCUUGAACUAAUGGAAUCCUUCAAACAGAUGAUGUAUGUCUCUGGAGAAACCGCCGAACCUCCUGUCGAGACAACUAGCAUUAUGGAAGAUAUUGUCCGACAGCAGGUUAUUGAAAUGCUCCGAACCUGCACAGAGCUUGCUUCCCGCCGCGGAUCUAAGUCCAUCGGCAUCAACGAUCUCAUCUUCCAGAUCCGCCAUGACCAGGCCAAGGUCUCGCGCCUCAGGACUUUUCUCUCCUGGAAGGACGUGCGCAAGAACGUCAAGGACUCGGAUGACAAGGGCGCCGAGGCUGACAUCGCCGGUGGCGACGACCCUGUCGGCGGCGUCGUCGGCGGCCCCGUGGACGACCAGGCCAAGAAGAACAAGAAAGCAAAAGUCGGCCUCCCCUGGGAGCAGUCCUCCUUCUACCCCGUCGAGGUCCCCGAGCGCGAGGACGAGGAGGACGAGGACGAGGACGAGAUGAACUUCAUCACCCUCCAGCGCCUCCGCCGCGCCGACGAGCGCACCAAGGUCAUGACCAAGGACGAGUACGUCACCUGGUCCGAGUACCGCCAGGCCUCCUUCACCUACCGCAAGGGCAAGCGGUUCAGGGAGUGGGCCGGCUUCGGCAUCGUGACGGACAGCAAGCCCUCGGACGAUAUCGUCGACAUCCUUGGCUUCCUGACCUUCGAGAUGGUGCAGGUCCUCACCGAGAUCGCCCUCAAGGUCAAGGAGCAGGAGGACAUCGCCCGCGCCCAGAGCGGCGGCGACAACGCCGGCUCCAAGAAGAGGAAGCUCGAGCAGGGGCUCUUCGAUCCCCCCAGCGAGGGGAAGCGGCCCAUCGAGCCGAGGCACGUCCAGGAGGCUUUUCGUCGCUUCCAGCAGCGGCCCAAGAGGUCGAGGGCCAUGCUCAACGGCACGAGGCUCCCUCAGCACGCUCCUCUGCACAUCAUUUAG